AUGUCUUCAAAUUGGAAGCUAGGAAAUUGUCUUCGUAUUGUGAAAGGGGAAGUUAAACGACUUAUAGGUUUCAUUGAAACCCACGUAUACCAAGAGGGCAAUGACAUGAUGGAUGAUGUUGCGAAGGUGGUAGUGGACAUGAUUCUGGAGGCUGUGGGGGUCAAUUCGUUAGAGGAAUGGCAGAAGUUUGAUAAGUUGGAGUGCCGCUCCCUGUCAGAUGUGGAAGAAUGGAACAUUGAUUUCCAGGGGGAACGGAGAGGUGGGGUGGUGAUGGAUCCACUGGAUUUCCCACCCAAUUUGUGGGACCUCAUACUCCCCAUCCAUAUUCCUGUGGAUUGGCUUGAAACUGAUCAUUCUCACAUCUUCAAAGCUAACUUGCCUGGUUUGAAAAAAGAUGACGUGAAAGUUCAAGUGGAAGAGGAAUGGGUUAUGCACAUCAGUGGAGAGUUUAAGAGGGAUGAGGUGGACAAGAAUGACAAGUGGCAUCGCUUAGAGAGACCACAUGGCACAUUCUCUCGCCGCUUCCGCCUGCCAGAGAAUGCCAUGUUGGAUCAAGUGAAGGCCAACAUGACAAAUGGAGUGCUGACUCUGACAUUUCCCAAGAUGGCUGAGAAUAAGCUUAAGAUCAUGCCAAUCAAUAUAUCUGAAAAUUAA